UCUUUGGUCACGCUCCUACAAUGACAUAACAUUGAGCAAAAUUACACAAAGAAAAAAAAUCAAAAUUUCAAGUUUAUAGGCUGGCGAAGUAUUCGAAACUAAAAAACUAAAAACUCUUCGUGAACAUGGCUUUAGUUUUGAGGAAAGCGGUUCUGCCAAGAAAUGUAUCCUUCCUAAAAUGUAUCAAAGGUCGCCCCGUUGCUACAACAGCGCAAAAACGUAGUCCGACUGUGCUAUCAAAUGACAUCACGAAGAAUGCCUUUAGUGAGCUGGCAACUCUAAAACCGGCUCUUCAUAUGUUGGCGGUCAGGAUGUUGGAGGUACAGAACCGCACCAGUUCGAAGUCCCCUCAAACAAGAAGUUAUGGCCUGUUGCUGCGCGCCGCAUCUGUCCCCUGUCUACGCAUGAGCCAAGAAGUCCGUGUCGGUCCUUGCCAUCACAUCGCGAAGUCUAAAUCUGUCUGCUGGACACCGAGGGAUGACAAACUGAACUACCCUUGGCUGUAUCAUACGUAUAAAAGGUUUUCUUCUUCGACCUGCUCUUCAUAUACGAAAAAACCUUUGCCAGCCCUUGUCCGUCUUCCUUACUCUGUUGCUAGCUUCUCGGAUAAUCCUAUCUUUAUAAGGGCUAAGAAACAAGUUUCUGCUGCAACAGCGGAACCGUUUCCUUUCGUCCUUUCCAAUAACCUCUCCUCUACCAAACAGACAGUAAAACAAGCUACUGACGCAGUCGCUUCAUCAAAUGCAGAUUCUUUUACACACAGCCCGUGGGACAGCACUCAUUUGAAGUUUCCUAGCAUGCAAUCGUCACCUGCCCAAAUUUGGCAACACCAAUGUUGGUUGCAAAAUGUUGGUUCCCAUGCACCAACAAUCUUUAAGCAACCAGCUAGAAGCAAUCCUUGUAUUGUUCACUUCCCAUUUAAUCUACUAACCAAUUCUGCAAGUUGUUGCGGAUGCGGACCUUGUGGGCCAUGUUGCAGUGGUUGUUGCGGCACUUGUUGCGGUGGUUGUUGCGGUGCUUGUUGCGGCGGUUGUUGUGGUGGAACCUGCGGGGCCUGCCCAUGGCCUGGCGGCUACUCACCGCCUGGCUUCCGAAGCUGCGGAUGUGUUGCACCUUGUGGCCCUUGUAAUGUUGGCAGCCCGUGCGGACCGUGCAUGGGCCCCAGUGGCCCUGCGUUAGUUCAAGGGUCGUGCCCAUCUUGCCUUGGUUUCGCUUUUGGCCCAAGUUGCCCUCCCUGCGGGUGCAAUCCUGGUUUGUGUGGUUGCGGACCGUGUUGCGGAUGUGGUCCAUGUUGCGGUGGGUGCGGCCCUUGUUGCGGCGGGUGCGGCCCUUGUUGCGGCGGGUGCGGCCCUUGUUGCGGCGGGUCCGGCCCUUGUUGCGGCGGGUGCGGCCCGUGCGGCCCGUGUUACUGCGCAUGUUUGAGUCCUAACAGUUCUUCGUGUUUGUUUUAUAUUCCCCCUCCAGGCACGGCUGCGAAAAGCGAAUCCAUGACCAGUGGCCCUCGACGUAAAGCUACAAAUUUAAGCUCCGCAAAAGCCGUGCCGCAAAAUCCGAAUUUAAUAAAAAAAAUCAUUUCGGAUAGCAUUUGCUUCUGUGCAGCAUGCAGGGCUGUUCGCAAACGUUCUGCGCAAUUGGAUCAUUCUCAUGGCAAUGAUUGCUGUAAAAAUAACUCCGCGAAUCCAAUCCCAGAAUCCAACUUAUCAAAUUGCAGUUUAAAACAUGGAUGCAAUUUAUCGAAAUCAAACGAGAAAACCAAUCCAUCUAUCAAAAAUACUUCAGUACGUCACUUUUCGACCCGAAAAUCGGAAGAAAGCCCUUUAUUAGUGGAAAAGCUUGGCAAUGCUUAUGAAAUGCCUGUAUGUCCGCCUACAGAACCAAGGACUAAGUAUUUAUCACAAUCGAUCUCAUUCCAACGACGCGUGGGAACUGCGAAUCUACGAAGCCAAAUGGUGUCCAGUAUUCCAUUUACCAGCAAAAUAACAGCAAAAAAGUGCGAAAGCUUCGUUUUAGGAAAUGAGUAGGCAAUAUGUAUAUUGUCCAACAACAAUUUAUAUUAUAGUGACAUGUUAUUUCAACAAAAAAGAAUAAAGUGCAUAAAUAGUCUUUCGAGUGGUUUGUUAUUAGCUCUC